ACAGGACUUGUGUUUUUAUAUUUUUUUAACGCACUGAAAGUCGCAGAGGAAUGACGUCAUGUGGUAUCAGAAUAAUGACGCUGAUCAUUGUUAUAAAAAAAAAAAACAGCCGUCAAAAUUGAGAAUUAGGUCAGCGAACUAAAGAAGCACCAGUGAAGCUCUAUGGUUGUAAGCGUUGUGGUUUUAUUAAUGAAGCCUUGUACGACACUUGCUGGGACACACAAUAACCUGUUCGGGAGAGGGUGAGAGAUGUCCGGUGUGCCCAGCAUCUGCGGACGGGAUUCGUAGCCGCUCUACCGGUCCGUUUGUGCGGGUACCUCCCGCUGUCGGCUUCGGGAAACCGACAGACGAGUCCAGUGAACGGCUGCUCCAUGGUGCGUCCCGGCUUUGCUUGAAUGCUUAGCAAGACGACACAGGCAGACAGACGCCGAGACCUUCUCUGGGGACACCAAAGAAAUCGGUCCUCGCCUCGCCUCGACAACCUGGCAGCAACACGGCACUCGCACACGCUUGUGCAGUUGCAAAAUUGAAGGAGUCUUGCUAUGUGAACUCAGCUGCUUAAGACAUGUGAGCCUUGACUCUUCCUUACCCUGAGUAGAAGGUUGCACAGUUUGACAAUGUCGAGCCGGAGAAAGUCGACCACGCCUUGCAUGGUGCCACCCUUUGGCGAGUUGGAAGAGACAACUGAUAGGGCAAUGGAAGUCGAGACCGAGGCGGUGGAGGGGACGGUAAAUGAGAUUCAUACAGGGGUGGAGCUGGAUCAAACUGUAGUGGUUGUCCCCACACCACCAGAUACUGCUGAGUCCAACAGCUUAGAGGACAAAGCUGUCCUCAGUCCAUCAGUAAAGUGUAGCACUACAAACCCCCCUGAGAGUCAGAGCAGUGACCACCUGAACAAGGAUCAGCAGUGUGACACGCUCGAGGAAGGAGGAGCAGAUGGCACAAGUGUUGGCGCCAUCUCACUUAGCAAGACCCCCAUCAUGAGGAUGAAGACCAAAUCUGAACCGAAGAGGAUCGCUGUAGCCCUUAAAGCUUCAGACGAAGCUGUUGAGUAUUUUGAAGGCAGCGGAGAGGCCGUGGUGGAAGGAGAGCAGGAGCCAAUCGAAGCGCCUCUAGGACCACUGACAUCUGUGGAGAUGCUGUUGCAUGACUCCAUGAAGCUUGGAGCAGGCAACCUACUGGUCAGCCAAGCCUUAGAACAUCCAAGGAAAUCAUCGGUUUUAAAUCCCACCAUUAUUCCUCCUGGCCUGGCACAGGUCCUUUCUGCUUUCCAGCCCCACAAGAACACAUCAGCUCAACACCAAUUGCUGAUUCCUCUCAGCAGCAUUCCCUCUUAUAGUGCAGCUAUGGACAUCAACCCUCUUCUGGGUAGCACUUACAAAAAGUUUCCCUAUCCUUCUAUGGCUGAGAUCAGCAGUUUGGCAGGGCAGACUCAGUUCACAGAAGAGCAGAUUAAGGUGUGGUUCUCAGCCCAGCGGCUGAAGCAUGGCGUCAGCUGGACCCCAGAGGAAGUAGAAGAAGCCAGGAGGAAACAGUUCAACGGCACUGUGCACACAGUGCCUCAAACCAUCACUGUCAUACCGGCUCACCAGCUCUCUGCCACCAAUGGCCUGCAGUCCAUUCUUCAGACGUGCCAGAUAGUGGGCCAGCCUGGCUUGGUCUUCACACAGGUUUCUCCAGGAGCGAAUCUUCCAGUGACUAAUCCCAUCACCCUGACAGUGGCAGGACUGCCUAGCCAGUCCCAGAGCUCCAGCAGAGUUUCCUGCCAGCCAACUCCAACGAAUAGUGAGCUUAAACGGGCUACCACUAUACAGCCCCCCUCUCUUUCCCCACAGGAGAACUCGGCCCUGAGUGCUGACACAUUCAGUAUGCGGCCCAAAAAGUCCAAAGAGCAGUUGGCUGAGCUGAAAGCCAGCUACCUCAAAAACCACUUUGUCAGUGAUGCAGAAAUCGCCCGCUUGAUGAAGAUCACAAAUCUAACCAAGGGAGAGAUUAAAAAAUGGUUCAGUGACACAAGGUACAACCAGCGGAAUUCCAAGAACAACAAUGUCAUUGUUUUUCACGACGGAGGCACCAGAGGAGGUGGCGCAUGUAAUAGCGGCACUACCACCACCAUUGUCAUUGACUCAAGCGAUGAAACCCCGGCAUCUCCUCAUCCACCAUGCACGCCUCCUGUGAAGGAGAAGGAGACACGGCCCAAGACGUGGAAUCCGUUCCCAGACUUCACGCUGCAGAAGUUUAAAGAGAAGACGCCAGAACAGUUGAUAGUGCUGGAGGAGAGCUUUGAGAAGAGCAGCACGCCGUCUGAUGAAGAGCUGAGCCGGCUCAGAACAGAGACUAAACUGACGCGCAGGGAGAUUGAUGCCUGGUUCACAGAGAGACGGAAAAUGCCAACAAUCAGCACUCCCUCCCCAGAGUCUUCUGAGACAGGGCAGAUGGAUACUAGUGGAGGGAAAGGUGGUGAAGUUGCUUCUGCUUCUCGCUCAGCUUCCUCCUCUCGUAAAGUUAGUCAAACUCCACCCGGAGGCCGCAGUAAGCAGAUGGCAGGCAGCAGCAGCAAUAGCACCAGCAGCAGAGACAUCAAAGAUAAGACUAAAAAGACUCCAGAGCAGCUCCACAUUUUGAAAAGUGCCUUUGUGCGGACUCAGUGGCCCACAACAGAAGAGUAUGACAAACUGGUCGAGGAGAGCGGUCUCCCCCGACCAUACAUUGUUAGCUGGUUCGGGGAUUCUCGGUACUCCUGGAAGAACGGCAACCUUAAAUGGUUUUUUCAGUAUCAAAGUGGUAAUGUAGAGGGCCCGAAUGGUGGUGGAAAUAACAAAACGGGAGGUGGUGGCAGUCGAAAAAGGCGUGUCCGAAAUCGUGGAUGGGGAAGAUCCCGAACUCGCAAGCAGCCAAGGCGGACAGCAUCCUUUGGUUCAGACUCGGACAGAUGUCCCCCGCCAAAGAAAUUCAAGAGUGGGAGGGACGUCUUAAAGGAUUAUUACCUCAAGCACCGCUUCCUCAACGAGCAGGACCUGGAUGAGCUUGUCAACAAGACCAACAUGAGCUAUGAACGGGUCCGAGAGUGGUUUGCUGAGGUCCAGAGACGCCUGGACAUGGGCGCAGACCCCUUCCAGGAGCCAGCUUUGGGCAGGGCGGGGGGAGGUGAGGGGGCUGAUGAGAUAAGUGGGCAGACGUCACAUGCCAACACGGUACCAAGAGGUGACGGAAUGGGAGAUGAAGAGGAGGAUGAAGAUAAUGAAGAGCAUGAUGAGGAAGAUACAGAUGAGAGUGAGGUUUGGGAGCCGUCACGCAGUGUGAGGAAAUCCUUAUCUGUAUCCGAAGACUAAAUUCGUGCACAAUCUCAAUUGAAGCAUCAAAUAUGCUCCAAGUAUUUGCUAAUGGUGUCGACAUGAAACUAACACAAAUAUUUGCAACUGUAUCUUCCUGUCUCAGCCCUCACCUGACUGAUAUUUCUGAAAUAGUGGGAAGAGCAUUUUUGUUACACCAAAAAUCAUGAAAAGUAGAUAAUCAUUAAAAAAAAUCAUCCAAUGGAAUUGAUGAUUAAAAACCGAGAUCGACAUAUGCCAUAUAUGAAAUGUGGCUGUCAUCAAAGGGUAACCUAGCGAGGAAUUCAUAUUUAAAGUCCUUUUCCAAAUGCAUUUCUGCAUUUCCCCUACACAAGCCGAAUUCAGAAUUUCCAGCAAAUGAUCACCCCUCGUCCCUUCAAAAAAACAAAAAAAAGUGGGACUUCCUAAUGUGUUUACAAGGUGCCACCUUGAGCGCACAUGGUGGAACUAGUCUAUAAUGCUGUUUUAUGUAUUAACUGCUUUCAAAGCGCUCGUCACCUAAAUGAGAAUGAAUGAGUUUACGCUGAUCAUGAAAAUCCAUGACGGAUAAAGGCCGAAUGCAAUAUGAGCCAAAGUACAUGAACAGUGAGUGAAUGCCAAUGUAUUUGUUGAAGGAUGUCGAUUCAAUUCUACCCUUGAUGGUUGUUACUAGUCCCUUUUAACGGGGAAUAUAUCUAAUGGGGUCUUGGGGGGUGUACAAUUCAUAUGCACUGCUAUUGUUUGUUUUUUUUUUGUUUUUUUUUUGCACCUUUUGAUACAGCAAACGCUGUGCUGUUGUUAAUAUAUAUAUAGGUUCUGAAACUUUGCCAAAUUGGAGUGUGUUGUUGUUUCUCAACCUCCAAAAACAAACAAAUAACCAACCAACCAACCAACCAAACAAACACUGUUUAGCCACAGCUUAUGGUGUCAAUGAAAUGCACUUGCUGUGCCUCAAUCAUAAUAUAAAACAAAUCCACGUAAGCAACAAUCAUGACUUAAACCUAACUACUGCUCUGACGUAUUGUCCUCAAAACAGUAUUUCAGACAUUUGAAAUCAUGAAGCACCUGAACGAAACUUGUUUCAAUGCACUUUGUCUGCCACAUAGUGGAUGAAAUUACAAUUUGGCACCUUAUUAUAUCAUGCAAUGGCUCUGAGAGCCCAUAUUUGUUAUCUGACUCAACCAGUAUUUUGUGUGUGUGUGUGUGUGUGUUUUUUUUAACGAAUCAUUGUUCGUUUUCCCUGAGGAGGAAUCUUACAAGUUGAUCCACUUUUGUAAUAAUAUGUAAAUGCUGUCAGAUGUUUAUAUGGCUCCGUAGAAUCAGCUGCCACUUACUUUCAUUUUAUUGCACACUUUGAGCCACAUUUUAAAUACUUUUGGGAUGGGGUGGGGGUGGGGGAGAAUGUUUGGAUAAUGUUUUGUAUUGUUUCAAAUCAUGUGUCCACUUAACUUUUUGACGGACUUGGGAGGACAUAUUAGUAGUGGCCUUGCGGUUGUCUUCUCACAGCAAACCAACCAGAUGACACUCUUAAGGACAUGUUCAGUAGCCGCAUGAUGUGUUAACGUCCCCUUAUCACAGAAAGAACUGUCGUAAGGAAUGACUACCAGCUGCCGUUUAACCAGCCACGGCAAGGACAAUCCCCCCCCCCCACACACACACAAAACGCCACCAUGUUGACUGUUAACUUAUACAGACAAACUGUACCUACAUGUGCCUCCUUGGCUUGUGAACUCAUUGCAAGAGGAUCUCCCCGUAUUGUCACAAAGCACUUAUGGUAGCUUAUCUUAAAGAAAUGGGGAUGCAUGGGCAAGAUGUGCUUUCUGCCAACACUACAAAUGCCUGUUUGAAGUUAAACAUUGCAAACUUCUGUCCGUAACCUUGGUUAAACCUUGACUUUCUUGUACUUGUCAUUCAUGCUCCAUGCUAUCACCUUUUAGACAUCUCAAAAGCAUUUUCAGCCUGCUUGGUCCAAUGUCGCCAAGCUAGCUCGCUGAUUGCAACCGAAUGAGCGGAAAUCUUUGACACAUUAUUUGUUGUAAUGUGAAUAGUAAGUGCCUGGGCAUGAAAAAGAACAAGAUGUACCUUAUAUACAGUUCAUCUAUACCAAGCGUUUAUACCUUUGUCUUUUACUGCAUGCAAUAAGUAUCUUGAACAACUGCUCAUUUUGUACAUAUACACUAUGUGUCUGUCUGUCUGUCUGUUUGGUUGGGUUGGUAUUGUGGGCACGGUGGUUUGCUAAUCUAAAGAUAAACUAGUAGUAUGAUUUCAAAGUCUGUUAUCAUGGAUUAUAAAAUUGUCUUUCCCAAAUCAUUAACAGUGUAAGCAGUCCUGUCAGUUAACUAAGAACGCUUUCAUUAGUGAGCCCGAGUCCUUUUAAUACUUAGACAUUGCAAGCAUUUAAUUUUUGUGUUCUUUCUGCUGCACAUUCUGCUGCUUAUUUUAGUACACAGAUGAGGUAAAAGCCUACCCCAAAGUAUUUUACUAUUGUGUUUGUAAAGCUUUUCUAUGUUUUUAUCAACGACAAGUGUCUUUACAACCAAAUAGUUUGUUUACUGCACACACUCAACUGUGUUCGAAAGUGAAAAUGAAAUUGAAUUCUUUUGAGCUCCAGAUGAUUUUGCUCGAGUUUCUUUUUGGUACUUUGGUUGCAAGCAAUAUAAAAUCACAACUCACUUGACAGAUGAGCACUUUAUUGAAGGAUAUCAACUCAAUCUCCGCUAGGAGAAGCAUGAUGUAAUUUAAAAAUGUUACUGUUACAAUAAGGCGCUCUAGUAAAUUAUCUGACCAAAUAACAGUGUUUCCGAGAUGGGUCUCUUCUUUGAUUUGCUCCUUGGGUAUAAUGAUAAAGUGCUGUGUCUUCUUUGUGGGUUUUGAUUUUAUAUCAUAUCGUGUAUCAUAUAGCCUACCAUAUAUCCUACUUGCAGUAGCGCUUGUAUCGUGAGUAGUUAAGCUGCUGUAAUAUUAUAUGCAUACCUUCUUGUCAUCUAAAUCCUUCACUGCGCUCUGUCAUCCUGUUUGUUUCAACCUGUGCUCUUUGAAUGUUUUGCAAAUGUUUUCACCACAGCUUUUUCAACGAAAUACACUUUGUCACAAUAAUACUCAUUUUCUAUUGGAAGAUCAUUUUGUAUAAAUGGUACACUUUUCUGUUUCGGUUCGGUCUCAGAAGCUAAUGCUUCUGUCUCCAGUGGUGGCUCAACCCCCAUAAUAGAUGCAGAUGUUCCAUUAAAAUGCAUAACUGGA